AUGACCGCUGUCCGUCUCGUAGCAUGCAACGAUGGAUUCUACGUCGAAGUCCCAUGCGCCAUUGAUGAGAUGGGGACGCUGGACGCACUCUUGCCAGAGUCUUAUGCUUUUCCCGUCAUGGAAGACCCACUGGAGCCCAUCCACGCGGGGCCAGUCCCAGGACGCCAGGUCCAGGUUCUCCGUAACUACGCCAUAAAAUGUCCGAUCGGCGCCGGUGACAACACAGACAACGUCAACUACGAGGAUGCGUGA